UACCCUCUUCCCCUUUUUGACAUCCGAAAUCUUCAUCUUCAAAAUGGACCAAAAUGAAGCAAUCGGAAUUAAAAUCUACAAUGCAUCCCCACAACUCAAUCCAUCCCUUUACCCAUCUUCUCCCCAAUCCAUCACGGCCGCCGCUCCUCCACCACCCACUGGCCGGAAAAGACGGGCGGUGGCGAGCGGAGUUCAAAAAACACUCUCCAAAACCUCAAUGCUCGCCAACUUCCUCCCAACCGGAACCCUUCUCACCUUCGAGAUGGUCCUCCCAACCGUCUAUGGCACGGGCCAAUGCUCUCAGGUCACCACUCUCAUGACCAACCUCUUACUUGGCCUCUGCACUCUCUCCUGCUUCUUCUUCCACUUCACUGACAGUUUUCGGGGACCAGAUGGGAAUGUUUAUUAUGGGUUUGUGACUCCGAAAGGGUUGGCGGUUUUCAAGUCUGGGCUUGGCGUGGAAGUUCCGAAAGAUGAGAGGUACAAAAUUGGGUUUACAGAUUUCGUUCAUGCUUUGAUGUCUGUGAUGGUUUUUGUGGCAAUUGCUUUCUCGGAUCAUCGAGUGACCAAGUGUUUGUUCCCGGGACAUGGGAAGGAAAUGGAAGAGGUGAUGGAGAGUUUUCCUCUAAUGGUUGGUGUAAUUUGCAGUGGACUGUUUCUUGUCUUCCCCAACACUCGAUAUGGCGUCGGAUGCAUGGCCGCCUGAUUAUCGGUUCUUGAAUUUUUAUAGAAACCACUAAGAAGGAUUGUGUUUAAUUUUAUGACUGGUUUAUAUGUUUUUAGAUUUUUUUCGGUUGAUUAUUGGUGUCAAAUAUUAAAAACUUGUGUGCUAUUGUUC